GCUGGGAGGGAGGUGGCAUAGCAUAGAGCACAUACCAAAAGAAAUACAAAUGUGAAAAAUGUAUAAAAGAGCUGGCCAAGCACAAAUGUAAUUCUGACAGCAGUAGUGGCAAUCCAAGUCAUUAGUCGUCGUUUUACUUGUGUGCGGAGUAGUAGUUGGUUGGAGCAACCUCUUGUCGUUUGUGUGCGGGCAAUAAUUCUGACAUUUUGUUUUAAUUCUGUUGUGUGGCGUUUUGUUCGUCAUCUUCAUUCCUCAAUUGAGAAACGCUUCUUUUUAUAUACAUUGCCCUGAAGUAACCAAACCGACGGCUUUUCCCCCUUAGAGCAUCAUCUUUGAUGACGACAAUCGCUAAAGUGAAGAUGCAGCAAGUGUAAUAAAAGUAAAAUAAAUAUAAAUAUACCUACUGAAACAAAAAAACAAGAGUAUAAAAUAAAAUAUCAAAAGAGAAACACGAAGUAAAACAAGUGAAAUUAAUUGGGAGAAAGGUGUUUGCCGUUCCGUAAAUAAAAAUUAUUAAAACGUCAACCAACCAAACAAAAUACCAACUACCGAUGUGUACCCCGGCAACAACACCUAUAUAAACAAAAAAUCAAGAAUCAUCAAAAUAAUACCACAAGCAUUUUAAGCGGGUCAUCAACAUUUAUCCAACAGAUGUUUUCAGAAGAGUGACAACGAAGAAUAAAAAAAAAACAAAAUUGAACAGUCACUGGACCAGUAGUGUGCAUUUUCCACCAAUAUCUGUUUUUAUUGUUCUGAAUUUAGUAUUCCACGACGACGGCGAUAGCAAAACAAAACAUUUUUGUGUGAAUGUAACGCUCGUGUGUGUAUUUGUUUUGUUCAAUUUACAUACGCCGCCAGCCAUCGUCUGCUGAGAUCAUUCAUUACUUGCUGCUGGUUCUGCUUAAACUGGGGAAGUAUUGAACUAAGGCGAAGUAGAAGAAGGAGGAACGUGGCAGUUCGUUUUAUACCAAUCCACCACCAGAAACUUUAAAAUAUCUCUUAAAUUCAUUGCCAUUGCUCACAACAACACCAAGCCCCCAACCCGUAGUAAUUUUACAAAAUGUUACCCAAUUACGGUCCAGUAACGCAAGCCCUCUUGGGUACCCUCCUAACAUGGGGUCUAACCGCUUUGGGUGCAUCAUGUGUGGUCUUUGUACGCGGUAAUCAACGCAAAUCUUUAGAUGCUGCGCUGGGCUUUGCAGCCGGCGUUAUGGUGGCAGCAUCUUUCUGGUCCCUACUAAAACCGGCCAUUGAAAUGGCUGAAACCUCAAAUUUAUAUGGCAUUUAUGCUUUCCUACCGGUAUCAGGUGGUUUCCUAUUAGGUGCCAUUUUCGUGUAUGGUUGUGAUAAAUUAAUGUCCUAUUUGGGAUUGAAUUCCAACGAUAUGAUGUUACAAAUGACCCAAACUAAGGAUAAGGCCGAUAUUGCCAUCGAUGAUAAGAAGAAUGGUCACCAUGGUAGUGGCAUGGAGGCAGCCAAGAGUAUGGAUAGUUUUUCGGAUUGUCUGAGUGUACAGCACAGUCAUUCGGAACCAAGGCGCCGCAAGAAGGCUAGCGUUGAUAUUGAACGUACCAACACCACAUAUGUCACCGAAGCUGAAAAGGCUGCCCAAGAAUCUGGGGCACAAUGGAAACGUAUUAUGCUUUUGGUUGUGGCCAUUACGGUGCACAAUAUCCCCGAGGGCUUGGCAGUGGGUGUGAGUUUUGGAGCUGUUGGACAAAACAAUGCCUCGACAUUUGAAGCUGCCCGUAAUCUGGCCAUUGGCAUUGGUAUACAAAAUUUCCCCGAAGGUUUGGCUGUAAGUCUGCCCUUACAUGCUGCCGGUUUUAGUGUAUUGCGUGCCUUGUGGUAUGGCCAACUGUCGGGUAUGGUGGAACCCAUCUUUGGUAUUUUGGGAGCUGUGGCCGUGACCUUUGCCAAUUUGAUUUUACCCUAUGCCUUGUCGUUUGCUGCCGGAGCCAUGAUCUAUAUUGUGGCUGAUGAUAUCUUGCCAGAGGCUCAUGCCAGCGGUAAUGGCAGCAUUGCCACAUGGGGUACCAUUGCAGGUUUCCUGAUUAUGAUGUGUUUGGAAGUUACACUAUCGUGAUGUCUCUACUGCUGCUACUGUUACAACUAUUGUUGUUUCUAUUGUUAUAAUCGUUGUUGUGAAUUUGUGCAAAUCAGUGUGAAACAGGCUAUUGCAGCUGUCAAUGGCUUAUUAGCAACAAUUCCUAGAAAAGUUUUGCCUUUUGAAACUUUUCGUGCAAAUAGUGCAAGAACUUUAUGCUAUAACUAUUUAUCUUUUUAAUUUUAUUUAAAUAUAGACCAUAAAAUGUAUUUGAUGAAAAUGAGAAAAAAAAAAAAAACGAAAAAUAUUUAUAAAAAAAUACAAAAAAAAAAAAAAAAAAAAAAAAAAUAGUAUGUGAAGAAUGUAAAUCCGUUUGUUUUUAGAAAACACAUUCCUCUAUAAUGAAAAGUGCCCAACAAGCAUGGCUAUUUUAAAGCUUAAAACCCUAUAUAUCUCUUAGAUCUUCUUUAACAAAUUCGUUGUUAAAAUACAAAUUUCAUUUUAAACAAAACAAUUUUUAAUAACGAAUUAUAAAACUGUACAUAUUUUACCACCUGAAAUCUAAGAUUCCAACUUUAAGCACAAUUUUUUUUAUAUUUUUUAAAAGGAGAAAAGCCCCAACAAUAGUUUACAAUGAAUGCGCGUACUUAAAUAAUUAUCACAACUUCCAUAGUUUCACAGAGAAAUGCAAAGAAAAAAUAAUGUUUUUAGAAUUUGUUUUUAUAGCUUUAUUUUACUACAUUGCUUAACUCUCAAUAGAUUAACUGUUUGCCAGCAGUAUAAAAUAGCUUUUUUUAAGAUACGUGUUUUUUCUCUAUGUAAUUAUUUUAUUAUUUUAAGGCUAUAACAGAUAACUAAUGUAAGAACGAGAUUUGUAAUUCAAAUUGUAUAUAAUGAUGAUGAUUAAGACUAUUAUAUAAAAGGAUCACAAAAAAACAAACAAGCAAAAAAAAAAAAAAUAAAAUAAAAAAAAAAAUAAUUACAAUAAAUAAAAAAGAGAAUAAAAUUGAAAUAGAUUUUUAAAAUCUAUUUUAGAAAUGUAUUUAAAAACCAAA